AUGGCGCUGACGUCUGGCGAUAAGCCGGUAGAAAAGCAACCUGAUGUGCCGGCCCCACCAAACCCCAAGAUGCAGUACUUGACGCUCCUUCGUCAUAACCUUACGCUCCUGAAGCGUAGUGUGGCGCAUGUGGAGCAGCGGUACACUGCGCGUGUGCUUCGCUCGCUGCCGUAUGUGCGUCGGCAGGUCCAGGAGAAGGCGGACGUACUUGCGUGCAUCGUGAGCGAAGGCUUGCCUGAGUCCGUGUCGGCCCGUAAAGAAUUGCUGGCGUGGCUGCCGGCGCCUUAUGCGCCUGACGCCCCUUCCACGUCAAGUGACCAGGAGAUGGCCGUGGAUGAAGAGACAAAAACAACGCCCAAGCCAAAACAUGCCAGCGACGAUGCAUGGGACGCCCUCCCAGAGUUGGUCGCCUACCUCCGCCUGCUGGUCGUCGCCUACUUGAUCGAUCAGCCGAGCCAACGGGAGAAGGCUAUGCAGCUGUGUGCCAAGGCGGUGGAUGAGACAGUGAAGCAGAACCGACGCUCCCUGGACUUGCUCAGUGCGAAGCUCGUGUUCUUCUUGGGUCGGUGCUACGAACUGAACAAGGAGCAAGGGCUGUCGGCGCUGCGCGAUACGUUGUUGGCCCUGCAACGCACAUCGUCGUUGCGUCAUGAUGCCGAGACCAACGCCACUGUCCUCAACCUGCUUUUACGUAUGUACAUGGUGGAAGGCAACUUGUACGAUCAGGCCGACAAGCUGGUCGCGCGUGCUCCGUUCCCCCGCACGAAGGCCUCGAAUCCGCAAGUCGCUCGCUACGAUUACUAUGUCGGCCGCAUUCGUGCUGUGCAGCUCAACUAUUCCGAGGCACAUGCGCAUCUGCAGCAAGCAAUUCGGCGUGCGCCGCAGCAAGGCCUGCUCGAGACGCGGUCUUCGACGCAGCAGGACAGCGAAAAGGCCUCCACGUCGCCUGCUAAGCCCUUGGCCGCCGGCUUUUUGCAGACGGCGUACAAGCUGCUGAUCAUUGUCGAGCUGCUCAUGGGUGACUUGCCUGAUCGCGCGGUGUUCCGUAUCCCGAUGCUUCGUGCGGCGCUGGCAUCGUACCUGCCGAUUGUGCAGGCGGUGCGUGUAGGUGACUUGUCGCUCUUCCAGGCGACGCUGCACAAGCACCAGGACUUGUUCCUGCGUGAUAAGACAUACUCUCUGAUUCUGCGUCUGCGUCAUAACGUUAUCAAGACAGGCAUUCGGCGCAUUUCGCUGGCCUACUCGCGUAUCUCGCUGGCGGAUAUCACGCGCAAACUCCAUCUGGAGUCGGAAGAAGAUGCCGAGUACGUCAUUGCCAAGGCCAUUCGUGAUGGCGUCAUCGAUGCGCGUGUCGAGCAUGACAGUGCUACUAUGGUCUCGAACGAGGCAGUGGAUAUCUAUGCGACGAACGAGCCGCAGGCACAGCUGCAGCAGCGUAUUGACUUUUGCUUGCAGCUGCACAACGACAGCGUGAAGGCGAUGCGAUACUCGCUGGACAGCCAUCGCGAAGAGCUUGCGUCAGCGACGGAAGCGCAUGAGCGCGAGCGUGAGCUGGCGAACGAAAUUGCCGAUGGCGAUAUGGACGACUCCGAGGAAGAGUGGCCGUAG